AUGGCAAGGUUCAUGUUAAUUUAUAGCAAAACGGAAUACAUUUCAUCGAGCACGAUAACCACCACAAGUAUACCAUCCCCAUCUCUAAUAGUAAGACGCUUUAGCGGUUGGCGAAUCAGCGGAAGUCAUGAGUACGUUAGAUGUCCUAUCAGACAGCCCUCUUCCAUCGACGACAGAUAUUUCAGAAGAUCGUGUGAGCCAGAUUUUCCUCGGCCGUCUCAACCGUACCACCACCAUCACCACCACCACCACCACUUACCCUACAAACCAUCAACCAGUAACGGGAAUCCCGUCGUUUAUCACAGGUCGUCGGAUAGCGAUCAGUCAAGACAAACCUCCGUUUCGAGCGUUGAAAUCCAGCACUUUGGUCUACCGAUUCUCAGUGUAAGCGAGCCCAGUCCUCCAGACGAAAAGACCAAUCGUCUGGAUGACUAU